AUGUCGGAGCCUAUAACACUAAAUGUUGGUGGAAAAUUGUAUACAACUUCACUGUCCACCUUGACCAGUUUUCCUGAUUCCAUGCUGGGCGCCAUGUUCAGUGGGAAGAUGCCAACAAAAAGGGACAGCCAAGGCAAUUGUUUCAUUGAUAGGGAUGGGAAAGUCUUCCGCUAUAUCCUUAAUUUCCUGAGAACAUCUCAUCUGGACCUCCCUGAGGACUUCCAAGAAAUGGGCUUGCUUCGACGAGAAGCCGAUUUUUAUCAGAUCCAGCCACUGAUUGAGGCCCUACAGGAGAAGGAAGUGGAGCUCUCCAAAGCAGAGAAGAAUGCCAUGCUCAAUAUUACGUUGGAUCAGAGGACUCAGACUGUUCAUUUCACAGUCCGGGAAGCUCCUCAGAUCUACAGCUUGUCCUCUUCCAACAUGGAAGUCUUCACUGCCCACAUAUUUAGCACUUCCAGUUUAUUCCUGAAGCUCCUGGGCUCCAAACUCUACUUCUGUUUCAAUGGAAACUUGUCGUCAAUAUCCAGUUACUUGCAAGAUCCCUACCAUGUGACCUUGGACUGGGUUGCAAGUGUGGAAGGCCUGCCGGAAGAGGAGUACACAAGGCAGAACCUAAAGAGAUUGUGGGUGCUGCCAGCUAAAAAGCAAAUUAACAGUUUCCAAGUAUUUGUGGAAGAGGUACUGAAAAUCGCCAUGAGCGACGGCUUUUGUGUUGACUCCUCUCACCCACACUCUUCAGAUUUCAUGAACAAUAAGAUUAUCCGGCUAAUUCGGUACAAGUAG